UCCAAUAUUUUUGGAACAAACUAAUCCCCUCCCCGAGUUUUGAUCCCCUUGUGUUCGCUCCCGUUUACCGCCCACCUCUCCCAUCAUCCCCUCCGCCUCUGUAUCUGCGUGCGUUCUCACUCUCCCCAUGACACCAGCGACGUGAACAGAUUCCUACCACCACUACACCCACACCCACACACACUUCUCGCUCCUUGCGAGUAGACAGACCAUAUAUUUUAUCUGGCGAGACUAUUUCCAAGGAAUGACGGCUAAUUGUCCUGCUAGUGGGCUGAAUCACGAACAAGUGAAAUCUGAGGAUGAACUACCCGUAGAAACCGCAUGGUCAGAAGAGCACGAUUGUGUUCCAUUGAAGCAACGGUUGAAAAUGCUACGCGCUACGGUUGUGUCGAGAAGCCAAAAGGAAAUCUUGAUACCAGCUAGAUCUCCAGUUGAUGAUUCUCUCAAGAAGGAAGAUGAUCUCUGUGACUCACUGGGUUUUCAUUCUGAUCAUGAUGGGAGUGAAAGAAGGUCUGAUGAUGCCUCAUUUGAACACAUCCAACAUGGCACAAUUCACAGUGUUGGGAGUUCUCUUCAAGACAAAAUGCUUUCAGAAAGACUAGAAAUAGAGUAUAAUGAGGAUAUUGAUAAUUCUGAAGAGUUCCUUGAGGAUCUUGAUCAUGUUGUGCUGAAGGAAAGACAGAGGAUGCUGCUAUCAAGGGAACUGGUGGGGUCCACUGGGACAUCCAUGGAGAAUAAGUUUUCAGACCCAUGUACAAGUUCAGCUGACAUGAUCUUGCCCAAUGCUCAAAUAAAAAGUGGAGAAAGUGAUGUUUUUGGUAUAAGAUCUCCAAUAAGAAGAGAGAAUGACAUCCUUGAAAAACACAAUGAAAGUGUUUGUGAGGCUAAAAUAACUGACUCACAAAACUACAAAAAUGUUAAAGUUGAACUUUUAGAUGAUGAUUUACAAAGUCCUAAAAAAGAUGUUCCAGUUAUCCCAUGUUUGCAUAACCAAAUACCUGUAAAAAGUGAGCCUUUAAACAAUGCUGAAAUAUUCCAAGAUAUAAUAGAUCACAUGAUGCUUGGAGAUAGAAUGAGAUUGCUAGCGUCAAGAAAAUUCUCCAAGACUAGUUUCUUUGAGACUUUUGAGAACCCAAGGGCAUUUUCGUCAUUUGGCAAUGACGAUAAGCCCACUUCAUCAGAGUCUUCAAAACCUUUCCUACUGAAAAGGCCACGCAAAAGAAGGAAAACUGCCACGGAUUCGAUUGAGAAAGCAUUAGAGGAAGAUGCUCCAGGACUCCUACAGGUGUUAAUUGAGAAAGGGGUUCUAGUGGAUGAAAUUAAACUUUAUGGAGAAAAUGAGGAUGAUGAAGCAUUGGAUAUUGAAGAGAGUUUUUCAGAGCUUGAAGAUGUGAUAGAAAAGCUUUUCUCUCAAAGGCAGUCAUUUUUAAAGUUUGGGCCAAUAAGGUGUGGUAAAGGUGAAAAAGCUAGUUAUUGUUUAGCUUGCCUUAUUUCACUUGUGGAACAGGCACGAUAUUUACGUGUUCGAAAGUGGCCAGUUGAAUGGGGUUGGUGCCGGGACCUCCAGUCUUUCAUUUUCGUUUUCGAAAGACAUAACAGGAUAGUGCUUGAACGCCCAGAAUACGGAUACGCAACAUACUUCUUUGAAUUAGUAGACACGUUACCUGUAAAUUGGCAGAUCAAAAGAUUGGUUACAACCAUGAAGCUUACUAGCUGUAGCAGGAUUACUCUCAUCGAGAAUCGACCAUUAAUGGUUGGGAAGGAUCUGAGUGAAGGUGAAGCGCGUGUGCUAAUGGAAUACGGAUGGAUUGCAGACAGUGGUUUGGGGACGAUGUUAAAUUAUCGCGAUAGAGUUGUUCAUGAUAGGAAAAACGAGAGUGAAAGCUCAGAGUGGAGGUCCAAGAUUGGGAAGUUGCUUACAGAUGGAUACAAUGGUGGAAUAAUCGUCCCAAAUGAUAUUCCUAAAAAACUUAUGGAAUAUGAUUUUAGUCACACUCACACCCCUGAUGUCAAGUUGGAGGAGGAGUAAUUAAUUAAAGGUUAGUCAAAGUUUUGGAAUUUUGUUAUGUUUAUUUGUUUAAAUGUUAGAGUUUUUAACUUUUUGAGAAUCUGGAUUACCUCAUGAUAAGGGGAAAUUUGUAAUUAAGCUUUAGAAGGAUUUCAAGAAUGGGAGGUAAACAAAUGGGAUGAUUGACUAACA